AUGGUAGUGGCGGAGGGUGGUAGUAGAUUAGGUGGAAUAGGUUGGGACUUCAUAUUUAGAAGGAAUUUAUUUGAUAGGGAGGUUCCUAGCUUGAUUGAGAUGUUAGAUUUGCUUAUGGAUGUGGAUCUUCCGGAUAUUUUGGAUGAUAAAAGGAUCUGGAAUUCAGACAGCAGCGGGGUUUUCAGUUGCCAGACGGCCUUUCAUAGUUUGGCCUAUGCUCAUUUAGGCCCAGAGUUGCCAUGGCCAAAGAGGUUAUGGAAAAGUGGUGUUCCUUCCAAAGUUAAAGUGUUUGGAUGGUUAUUAUUCUUAGACAAGUUAAGUGUCCAUGAUAAUUUGCAGAGGAGAAGACCUUUCCAUUACUUGUCGCCAAAUUGGUGUGUUAACUGUAAAAACAAGAUUAGAGGGAGGAAAGAGGAUGGUGCGCUUAUGGCAGUGUACCGUCCUGGCUACUUUUUGGGCUAUUUGGCUGGAGAUGAAUAG